AUGGGCGCCUUCUACGCCAAGCUUUCCAAUAGGAGCUUCUCCGAUUUCGAUGCGGCUUACAGCAGUGUGCAGCGCUGGUACGGGGGCGUGAAUAUCUUCACCAAGAAGUUCGUCUUGGUGCCGGUGGUAGAGGACUUGCACUGGAGCCUCUCGUGCCUCUGCAACCUUGACCAACUCCAGGGUCCGCUGCGAACGCGAGGUAGAACAACAGAAAGCCAACAAGAGUAA